UUCGUUCUCUAUGAGCGCAACAACUGUUCCAACCCAUACCACUGUUCUAGUCAUAGGUGGUGGUCCAGGAGGUAGCUAUACCUCGACCGUGCUGAAGAGGGAGGGAUUCGACGUAGUUCUCCUUGAGGCUGUGAAGUUUCCACGCUACCAUGUUGGAGAGGGCAUGUUACCUUCAAUGCGCCAUUAUCUUCGUUUCAUUGGUUUAGAGGAAGAAUUUCACAACCAUGGGUUUAUGCCGAAGCCGGGUGCUUGCUUCAAGCUGAAACAAGGCAUGAGAGAAACUUACACCGACUUUUCCACAUUGGGUCCAAGCCGUACUACUUGGAACGUAAUCAGAUCCGAGUCUGACGAAAUGAUGCUUCGCCAUGCUGCUAGAGAGGGCGUUCAAGUCUUUGAAGAAACUCGUGUUGACUCAAUUCAAUUCGAAGGUGACCCAAGCAACUCCCGGCCCAUAAGCGCCACCUGGGUUAAUAAAAACGGUGCUUCUGGAGAAAUCAAGUUCGAUUGGCUAAUAGAUGCCUCCGGUCGAAACGGGAUUAUGGAGACAAAAUACCUCAAGAACCGUACAUUCCGAGAAGGUCUCCGGAAUACUGCGAUAUGGGGGUAUUGGCGCAAUGCCAGAAUUUACCAAGAGGGAACGAAGCGCUCGAACUCACCGUGGUUUGAAGCAAUGACCGACGAACAAGGUUGGGCUUGGCUCAUUCCGCUACAUGACGGGACCACAUCCAUUGGUAUCGUGAUGCAUCAGGACAUCGCGAAAAAGAAGAAAUCUGAGCAUCCAGGCGGUUCACCGCCUCUGACGGAGCACUACCUAGAACAACUUAAGCUUCUUCCGGGUGUUCUUGACCUCCUCGGAGAGAAGGGCAACUUGGUUCCUGGUAGUGUGAAAUCUUCCAGUGACUACAGCUACCAUGCCAGUUGUUACUCUGGAGAUCAUUAUCGUAUCGUUGGAGAUGCGGCAUGCUUCGUGGAUCCAUUCUUCUCUUCCGGUGUUCAUCUUGCUAUGACCGGCGCGCUAUCAGCGGCUAGUACUAUAUGUGCCUCUAUGAAGGGACAAAUCAGCGAGGAAGCAGCCCAGCGUUGGCAUGAUACAAAGCUAGGAAUAGCUCAAAUGAGAUUCCUCCUGGUUGUCCUUAGUGCAUACAAACAAAUCCGGCAGCAGAACAAGCCCGUACUCGGUGACGUUAACGAAGACAAUUUUGACAAAGCAUUUACCCUGUUCAGACCCAUUAUACUAGGAACGGCCGACUCUGAGGCUGAGCAUCUCUCAGACUCAUCUCUAAAUAGCAUGAUUGACUUUUGCGUACACCUCUUCGAUCCCACAAACGAGGAACAACAUAAAGCGGCUGCCAAGAAGUACGGUCCAGAGCUCGUCGCACUGAACGGACCGAUCAUGGGCUCCAAAGAAUUUGACAAAGUCGUGGAUGCCGCAGACAAUGAUGCAAAGAUGGUGCUGAGUAGGAUGAAUGCGCUGAAGGUUUUGAGAAAUGAUACAAGUUGUGAGAGUUUUAGGACGGACGCGGUGAAUGGCUACGUAGUGGAGUUGGAUAGGGGAAACUUGGGCUUGGUUCAAGCAUGAGAAACCAGUCUUGGAUUCUUGGUCCGUGGCUGUCUGGCAGUAGUGUGCCGCCUCAAGCUCGACCAGAAACAUGUCGUCUGGAAAUUAAACUGAUCUUGUACUUUUGCAUUCUGAUUAUACAGAACCUUCUGCUCUGAUAGAAAAGAGCAUACGGGUGUUUGAA